AUGUCAGUUUUUUGCAAUACCAGAAGGCUAAGUGGAGGGUGCAAUCGAAAAAUAGAGAUAGAAGAAAGAAAUUAUUCGGAGAAAACGUUGAUUCUUCUUAUAGAUCCUCCGUUGGGAGUAUGUUUCCGCCGACAAGCAGAGAAUGUUGCUGGCUCGGAUUGGGAAAUUUUAGAAUAUAAAAAAGACCCAAUGAAUCCUGGUGCAGUUAAGGUUUACGUUUUCUCUGGGGGGAAAAUUCAUUCUUUCUUGUUCCACAUUCCAAAAACUAUCUACGCCACAUACAAGGCUGAUGUAUUCUUUAAGCCUAUCCCAAACUGUGAAAUUGAGAAAUCGACGGCAAUCUUGCCCAAUGGCCAUGAUGCAACAAAUUUAUUCAAAAUGACCAUGACAGAAUCCACAUAUAACGAACAAAUAAGUCUGGUCGAUAGCAUACUUCAUGAUUCCAAAAUUUUGGGUUUGUAUGAAACCGAAGUCAGUUCUAUAGACAGGGCCAUCAUGGACUUAGGAAAUAUUGUCAGAUUUGAUGAUACGAAAGUUGGAGCGUUGGGUAAGUGUCUUAAAAAUGGGUUUACUACAAAGGACUUGAUUAAAGUUGAAAAAGAGGCUUAUUUGAAAAAGUUUGACAUGGAUGUGGUCUAUUUGCUUCAUAUUCUGACUAAUAGUUAUGAAUUCUUCGCCAUCUUCACUACUUGGGACUCAAACGUUACUAUGUUAAUAUUGAAACCUUCUAGUGGAGCUCAGGAACUCCCAGAUAAUAUUAGCAAGAUCUACAAAGAGGUUUAUGAAGCUAAAAAAUCCAAACUUUCAAAGCUUUACAAUUUCAUUGAUUACAUGCCCGAGAUGACUUUUGAUACAUCCUAUUUCAAUAAUCCAUCCACUUUGUACAAAAAAUUGAACUCUGUGUUCAGAAAGUUCCAUGAGAGCAGAAGCAACAAAGCUUUGCUCAGCAUUCAAUCUCCAUAUUGCAACAAAGUGUUAGAUUUAUUAGAAGCGGCUUCUGAUUUUCCAACAAUCAAGUUAAGCGUUGGGGAAAUAUCUUUACCAGCAGUAGGAUGGCAAUCCCUCAUUGCCAAAAGAAUAGUCAAUCAUUACUUUUCUUUGGCGCUGUGGUUGAAGAACAUGACGUCAUUGUCGUCUUAUGGAAAAGUACCAUUAUGCAACUUGCAGAUUGAAACUCCAGGUUAUUUGAUUGAUAUUGAGUAUUCUAGACGUUUGACCCAGAACAACGUUGUUUUAUGGUGGUCAAACAAACCAUAUCCUGAUCAUGGAGGAUUUCAAAACGACCACGUCCAGGAUUUCGACAAUUUUGAUUUCAUUACAAUCAACAGUCCUGAAAUAUAUGAAACGGCAUGCUUGGAGGUGGAGAUUGGAAAUCUCACAAUCAAUACAAUCUUGACGAGCUCUUUGAUCAAUGAAGCUGAGGGGACUGACUUGUCCGACGAUCCUCUCCUAGGGGAUGCAAACAAUGGUGCAUCAACACUAGCCCUUGACACUUUCUCCCCUGUUGCUCUAGGAAUUUUACGUUCAAUGGUGAAAGACUGGUGGGAUGAUGCUGUUAGUAACAACGCUAAUGCAGAUUCUAUGAUGAAUAGCUUAGUUUCAUGGGUUCAAAGGCAAGAUUCUUUGCUAUACGAUUUUACACUUCACCAUCAUAUCCACAAUCUUACCAGUAAGGCUCUCUUGCAGUUGGUGGGUGAAUUCCGUCGUAUGAAUGCCAAUGUUGUUUUUGCUAAUCGACUGAAAUUAAUUAUUCAAACGACAAAAAUUUCUGUGGAAAAUUCGUACGCAUUCGGAAAGUAUGUUGUCAAUGCUACCCGUUCAAAGCCUUUGUUCAACUUCCUUGAUUUGAAGAUCGUCCGCUAUUGGGAUAUCUUAGUGUGGAUGGACGAGUUCAAUUUUGCUGGCAGAUGUUGUACGGAAAUCACUAAUGAUGAUGUGCAGCAAUUGCUACCAGUCAGUAAAUGGCACAUCAAGAAAUUUUUGCCAAUCAUUUUCCAGAACGAUUUUGAUGACUGGUUGGUGAUCUUUCUCGACGCUUUAGCAAAGUACAAAAAUGAGACUUUACUAGGAAGCACCCAAAAAGGAACACAACGGGUAACGCAGUUAGCACAUAUAUUGAAGGGCCAGCAGAAAAUGGAUUCAAAUGAUGCAGAAGAGGAGGAUCAAUUCACUGGUGAGGUGAUGAACAAUUUCAGGAAACCACUCCAGAGGCGGAUUGAGAAGCUCUAUCGCCGUCAAAAUGAGUCCAUUCUCAACCCAGAAAUGGCUAAGGAGUAUGAGUUCCCAACUCUCCCGGGAUCAGUUUUGAAAAUGAAGAAUCCAGUGUUGGAAUUGGUGAAAUUUUUAUGUGCUGUUUUCGCUUUAUCAAAGAAGAGAAGCAUCGAAGUCCGAAUGUUGAGGAAGGAUCUUUUAAGCGUAAUGGAUGUGAAAGAAUUCAGCCCUGAAUCUAUUUUCUCGAGUCCGAGCGCAUCUCUCAAAGUGUCCUCUGUUAUAUGCGACUAUUGCAGUUUCAUUAGGGACAUUGACUUUUGCCGUGAGGAGGAAAAGAACAUCUGGACAUGUACUCACUGCCAUCAUGUCUACAACAAAGUAUUCUUGGAAGAGGAGUUGAUUGCACAGCUUCAUAGAAAUAUUUCAAAAUACUUGACGCAAGAUUAUACGUGCCAAAGAUGUCAUGCUGUUAAGGCUGACAACAUGAGCGAGUUUUGCAAAUGUUCAGGCGCAUGGGUUGAAACUCUAAAAUUCGACGACUUUUCUAAGAGAGUGAACAUAUUCCGGAAUGUGGCAAAAGCUUACGGUAUGAAGAUGCUAUUAGGGCUUAUAGACGACUAUUUUAUAUAA